CUCGCUCGCGCGAACCAGGUAACCGGAAGAAUAUAAGGUUGCUUUCGAUGUGAGAAGACUUCAUCAGCAACGUCCUUGGCUUCAGGUGAAACAAGAAUUGGGAUACAGCAUGUCUUUCACGGAAAUCCCAACCUCCAAAGAGCACAUCACUGUUCCUUGGGUACAGGAAGUACUGAGUAGGUAUUUUUCCAACCAAGGAAACACAGAAGAUACUGAUGACAACUCUGCCCAAGUUGUUGUCAAAAGUCUGGACGGUCAAGGUACUGUAGGCCCAGGACAGGGGUUCCUUAGCAACAGGAUUGCAUUGGUUGCCAUGGGAACAGUGGGUGACACGCCCAUGACAACCCACCUGAUGGUGAAGAUGUCCACGAAUGACCCGGAUAUAAGUCAACUUGUGCACGACCUGCGGUUUGACAGCAUAGAGGUCAACUACUACAACCUGGCACUGCCAGCUCUCAGGUCAGAGGUUGAAAGGUUAGAGGGCACAGGGUCAAAGGUUGUGAGGUCAGGUGAGGAGGAAGGUACUGCAGUACCGCUUCCAGUCCCCAGGUGUUACCAUGCAGCAUAUGACAACAGCUCAGGAAAGUCUGUGCUUGUGUUGGAUAACCUACAGUCUAAGGGCUUCUUCACUAAGAAGUUCUCAGAUGGGCUAUUGCUUGAAGAGAUAAAACUUACAGUAUCUGCUUUGGCCAAACUCCACGCCAUCUCCUAUUCAGCCAUGCAACGUGGACAGCUGCCUUCCACUGGGUUUGAUUGGCUAUUCGAUGCAUCGGAAGAAGCUGCGAAUUCUGCCAUCUCUCAGGCGUUUCACGACGGGGUGGACCAGUUUGCAACGGCCUUUCCUGACCAAUCAGAACUGGUGUCGCUGCUGAGGCGACUGGGUAAACGUGUGCAUGGCAUCCUGGGAAGCGAGACAGAGGGUCCACUCAUGGUGCUGUGUCAUGGGGACUGCUGGGCUAACAACAUCAUGUUUAAGGUAGACGAUGCUGGAGUCCCAGUAGAUGCCAUGCUGGUGGAUUGGCAGUUCGUGUGCCGUGCGUCUCCAAGCUCCGACCUGGCGUUACUCCUUCUCUCCAGCACCGACCGGAGUCUACGACAGCGGCACGUCGAUGAAAUCCUCGCGCACUACCACGGCGUACUGACCGCUACCAUCCAGAAGUACGGACUGGCUCUGCCAGGGUACAGUUUGGACAUACUGCGUGCAGACUACCUUGCAGAACGCGUAUUAGGACUGGUUCAGUGCAUGGCCUCGUAUGACUGUUUUGUAGGUCACCAGGCUUCCAUGGAGAGGCUUAGAGACUCUGUAGAAGAGCUCAGGGAGUCAAACCUCAUUUGAGUCUCAUUUCAUUUAAUUUGGUGGUUUUGAGUACACAACUGAACCAAUAGUGCAGCACAAAACACAUAUUUGUGGUGAAUAUGUUCUUCUUGAUCAUAAUUUUGCAGUGGACAAGUUAGGCCCCGCAAAAAUAAAAUACAAAAAUUUUACAUUGAU